GUGGGACUCCUUUAAACGGUAACACCGCAUGAAGCGCGUGGGGUUUAAAGUACACAGAAAUACACAGAAAAAAAGAUUAAAUAGGCGUGACUUUAUGAUCCAAAGGUUAGUUCCAAUUGCUAUAUCCAAUAAAGUUUUUAGUGAAGGAUGGGAGAUUUCUCGGCAGACAGCGUUACUAUCGAGGUCCUCAGAGAAGCGUGUGAGACCGUCAGGAGCAGCCCUCUGGAUGUGAUCAAAACACCGAUGAUCCCGUGGUCCCAAACCACGCUUCCACUCCACAAACCCUGCAACGUUCACAUCAAGCUGGAGAACAUGCAGAGGACCGGUUCGUUCAAGAUAAGAGGUGUUUCGAACCAGUUCGCCCGGAGACUCAAAGGGGGCCGUUAUGUGACCAUGUCUGCUGGGAAUUAUGGAAAGUCUUUUGCGUACGCCUGUAAGCAUUACGGAUCCAAAGGCAAAGUGGUGAUGCCGGAAACCGCCCCCAUCUCCAGAUCCGUUCUCAUACAAAGUUUGGGAGUCGAGGUUGAAAGGGCACCAACUCCUCGUCUCAUGGACGUCGUCAACCGGAGUGUUCGAGAGGAGGGCAUGAGUUUCCUACAUUCCUACGAUGACCCCGAUAUUAUCGCUGGACAUGCCAGUUUAGGUUUUGAGAUCCUGGAAGUCGUACCCUAUCCAGAUGUGGUGGUUGUUUGCUGUGGCGGAGGAGGGUUACUUGCCGGUGUGGCAGCUGCCAUCAAGCUGUCUGGUUGUGAGAACACGAAGAUCUAUGGAGUGGAACCAGAAGGAGCGUGCACGAUGUACAAGAGCUUCAUUGAGAAGAGGCCUGUCGGCAUGGAUGCUAAAAGCAUUGCUUCAGGGCUAGCGCCGCCAUUUGCAGGUUCUUUGCCGUAUGAGCUGUGCCAGAAAUACGUCGAGAAAAUUGUGCUGGUGACCGACGAGGAGAUCCGAUCCGCCGUUUCCGCACUUUAUAAGGCUGGACUCGUGGUCGAACCUUCGGGCACCGCGGAGUCGCCGCCAUCUUGAAUGACAAAAUACCAGAUAUCGACGGCAAGGAUGUGGUGGUCAUCCUCAGCGGAGGAAACAUCGGCAAAGAUGAGCUCAGCAACUUUCCUGACUAAGUUAAAAGGUUAUUUAGAUAAUAAUAAAGGCGGAUGAUGGUAUAUGGGCUGUGAGGUUCCAUAAAACCGCGAGGAAAGUGAUUAACUGCAUCCAAAAUCAUUUUGAAGAGGAUACGUUAUUUUCUUUUCAACAUCGAUUACGUUAUUCGCAUUGACUACGGUCUUGCUUAUUUCUUAUGCUGGAGAUCUGGUUGGUUCUGCAACUUAUUCAACCCCAAGUGAGAAAGUAGACUCUGCGGUUCAGAUUGAAGGCAAAAGGAAUAUUUCGGCACUAUUAAUUUCAAGUGAUCAAAUCAAAUUGCACGAGUUGCUUUGGUUACAGUGUAGGCUUUUUGAUGAGGCUUUUAAAACGGAUGGAGGUGCAUCCUCUCAGCCUCCAAACAAGCAUAUAUAGAGAUUUUUUUGUUUAUCUUUUAUGAUAGGUUGAACAUCUCAUCCCAUGUAAUGCGAUUUUGUAAACAUGAACAAAUGAUGACUAAACUUAAA